AUGGAUCUCAAUACAACCCAAAACUCGGUGGAGCCCGGCCAGCUUGCUGUCCAAUUGGCUGAACAUCUAAAGAGCCUGAUACUGUUGGAUGCGGCAGAGUUCCAGAAGACGAUAGCUCACGUGCAACAAAUCUUGCCAUUCGACAUUCGAGCCCACAAAACGGAGCAGAGUAUAGAAAUAAAAAUUGAGGAUAUUACUCCGGUGGACAACCGGAUGUCUCUGCAAAAUCUAGUACAUGGAUUAACUGAUAGCUCUGACGGCGUCCCAAAGUUAAUGGACAAAGGAUAUGAUUCGGAUACGACCGAAGAGCUUCCCUACACCCCCGCGGAAUUGGAGGGCGAUACGUUUCUACCAACAUAUCCAGGAAGAUACGAUUUGGAAAUGUUUGACGCUAUUGAAUGGACAAGUUGGGUGAAUGAUGAUAUUUUGUAUGUCCUCGAUGGAGAGCCUUAG